AUAUCUGGUAUAGAAAUAUUUUAAACAUAUAACAAUAUGUCACUAAAUUUUUUUUAAGCUAAAAAUUUUAUUAUUUGGAAUUGUACUCACAUAAUUUUAUCCAAUGAUAUGUUUGUUAGAUAUUCAAAUUAUUUUUACAAUUUUUAAUAUCGGUUUAUGAAAAAUGCAUGGCAUCAAGAGAAUAUUAGUUUUCUGUACAUUAACAACCAUUUUACCAAUUCUACUUCUUGUGACACCAUUAUAUUUACGUCAUAAUUUCUAUGCCAAUGUAGCAUAUGCUGUAACGGACUCUGAUAUCUUGGAAAUUACAGAUGGUAUUUCUACAAUAUUUUGCUCUGCACAUACUUUACAAAUGAAUAGAACAUUUAAUGCAUUUCAAAUGUCGCACAAACCAGAAAUAACUUCAUAUAAAAAACAUAUACGUCUUAAAAAAAGUAUGGUUUUACCAGAUGAUACAUUGGAGUACUGGGGAUUUUAUCUCCUAGAAGGAUCAAGUGUGGCACUUUCUGUGUGCUCAAGAUUUGAAGGUGCUUCUAUACUUGUUGUUAAGGGAGAACGAAAUUUGCGAACAUGUGGAAUGUUAGAGCAUCACAAUACACAAAUUGCGGAGGGUAUAUUUUUACCAGAAGCAAAAAAACAAGUUAAAGUAACAUUUAAAUCAAAUGCAGAACAAAUUAAUUCUAAUAAUACUAUUAUACAUAACAAUUACAAUGAAACAUUAAAUAACAUUGAAGAUAAAUUGUUAUGGGAUCAUACAUUGAACGAUACUGAUCAAAAUAUUGGGGCUCACUAUUCUUAUUUAAAUGGUUUCAUGUCUAAUAUGGAAAAUUAUGAAGAAGAAGCAAAAGAAUUAUUACAGGAUAAAAAUAUUCAACAUAUUACAAGGUCUCUGGAAAAAGAAACUAUACAUACUACCAGAAGAUUAAGACAUGCUAGGAAGAGACAGUAUAAAAAGCAAAUGAAAGAAACAAGAAAAAAUAUUACAUUACAGGAAAGAAAAAAAGCACAAAAAAAUCUUAAAAUGAAUUCUUAUUUUAAAAGAGAUAUAUAUAAUAAAUACAGUUUAUUUUUAAAAAGAUUACAAAGAAGCUUGAAUUUAGAAGAUAAUGGAAAAGGUGAUAUUAAUAACAAAAUGAAUGUGCAAAAUAAAAAAGAAUCAAAAAAAAGGAUCAAAAGAAAUCAAGGGGUUGUUAACCCAACACUUUUAUUUGAUCAAGGUGUUCAACAUGGUGGAAAUGCAGGAAAUGUAACAAAUACUGAUAAGGAUUCUUCUGUAUCCAGUUUUGAAAAUGAGUUAUUUAAAUGUUACGGGGGAUCAAUUUUAAUGACUCAAGAAUUUGCACCUUCUGAAAAAUGCACUGAUGUCACUUAUUUACUGAAUGGCAAACAUAUGCAAGCUGUGCACAAUGUCAUAGAAGAUGGUUACUAUUAUUAUAUCUUUUAUAGCGAUAAUGAUAUCGUAUCAAAUGACAUAUAUGCAUUAUUUGAUAUUUAUAAACCCAUUUUUCAUUAUGAGAAUAUAACAAAUUCCUGUAUAAAUCAAACAAUAUGUUCCUUUUCAAUUAAUAUGCUAUCUUCUGAUAGAGUAAUUGUUGAAAUACCAACUAAAGAUAGUCUUGAAUACGAAAUAGAUGAUGUUAAUCUGCUUUUAUCAAUUUGUCAUCCACGAAUGGAAGUGUAUAUAAUCUUUCCUGUUGCAGUAUUAUUCUUUAUUCUUACUUGUGCUUUCAUGUAAUACAUUUUACAAUUUUUUUUAUCAACACAAAUGUUGAAUUUUGGUCGAAUCGCGUAUUAUUAUUAAGAGAUAUUAUUCUAUUGAUAGAAAUUCUUGAAUGGGUGGAAUACAAAAAUAUUUUCAUCAAUAUAUGUGUUUAAAAAUAUAUAAAUAUCUGUAAAUAUAUAUUUACAUAUUAAUAUAUCUUGAUUGUACAUAUAUGUACAUAUAUACGUAUAUAUAAUAUAUCUGUACUUAUAUAUGUAUAUAUAUCUUUUUAUAUAAAGAAUUGUAUAAAGUAUGUGCUAUUAUGAUGUUGCAUGAGUAGCUUAUAUUCUAUAUUGAACAUCCCAUCCUAGCUACUAAUAUUUCGAAACAUAUAAAGCAAAUGAGGUAGUGCGACGAUUUGAAUCAAAAGUCGCAUGAAAUAGUAUUGGAUAUAUUAAAAAGUAUUUUCGCCUAUAAUUACGAUAACUACGAUCUUCUUAUUGUUAGAUUUAUUUUGUUGAUUAUUAUAUUCAAAAGUAUAUAUUUCUAUUACAAAGGUUCAAUACCUUUAUUGAUGAAUGCAGAAAAUAAAAUGUAAUUUGUA